GAGCCAUCCAACCAUGAACUAAAUCUUCCCAAACUGUGAGCCACGGCUAAAUCACUGAGCGUGCCCUCUGGGAGCCCAGCAGAGGCAGGAGGUCCAGCUCGCGCUCCUCCUCCUUGUGGCGACGCCCCUCCCCCAUCUACUGGCACAGAACCAUGGCGGCGGUUUGCCGUUUUUAGUCUCAGAGAUUUAAGACCAACCUUUUUAAGACCUGAAGGGGAAAUGCAGCCAUGAAUGAAAAUAUGGAUGGGACAAAUGAAUGUAGUAAAGCUCGAACUGGUACUCAGAAUGAAGCAGCACUGCUUGCUUUAAUGGAAAAAACUGGGUACAACAUGGUUCAAGAAAACGGACAAAGGAAAUUUGGUGGUCCUCCUCCGGGUUGGGAAGGUCCACCUCCACCUAGAGGCUGUGAAGUUUUUGUAGGAAAAAUACCUCGUGAUAUAUAUGAAGAUGAGUUAGUUCCUGUAUUUGAAAGAGCUGGGAAAAUAUAUGAAUUUCGGCUUAUGAUGGAGUUUAGUGGAGAAAACAGAGGUUAUGCUUUUGUGAUGUAUACUACAAAAGAAGAAGCCCAGUUGGCCAUCAGAAUUCUUAAUAAUUAUGAAAUCCGACAAGGAAAGUUUAUUGGUGUGUGUGUAAGCUUGGAUAAUUGCAGAUUAUUUAUUGGAGCUAUUCCCAAGGAAAAGAAGAAAGAAGAAAUUUUGGAUGAAAUGAAGAAGGUUACAGAAGGAGUUGUAGAUGUCAUUGUUUAUCCAAGUGCAACUGAUAAGACCAAAAAUCGUGGUUUUGCUUUUGUUGAGUAUGAAUCUCACAGAGCUGCUGCUAUGGCUAGAAGAAAAUUAAUUCCAGGAACAUUCCAGCUAUGGGGCCAUACCAUUCAGGUCGACUGGGCUGAUCCAGAGAAAGAGGUUGAUGAGGAAACCAUGCAAAGAGUUAAAGUUCUCUAUGUAAGAAAUUUAAUGAUCUCAACUACAGAAGAAACAAUUAAAGCAGAAUUCAGUAGAUUCAAACCUAGUGCAGUUGAACGAGUAAAAAAACUUAGAGAUUAUGCUUUUGUUCACUUUUUCAGCCGAGAAGAUGCAGUAGCUGCUAUGUCUGUUAUGAAUGGAAAAUGCAUCGAUGGAGCAAGUAUUGAGGUAACACUUGCAAAACCAGUGAAUAAAGAAAGCACUUGGCGACAGCAUUUUAGUGGUCAGAUGAGCCCCAGUGCUGAAAACCUGAUUGUGUACGCUAACAAAGAGGAGAGCCACCCCAAAACUCUAGGCAAGUUGACAACUUUUCCUGCUCUUCUGAAUGGUCAGCAUAGCCCAGGCUCCCCUGAAAUUGAAAGAUGCACUUAUCCUUUUUUGUCUGGAACAAAGCUUACUCCAAUUAGUAUGUAUUCUUUAAAAUCCAAUCAUUUUAAUUCUGCAGUAAUGCACCUGGAUUAUUACUGCAACAAAAACAACUGGGCACCACCAGAAUAUUAUUUAUAUUCAACAACUGGCCCUGAUGGGAAAGUACUCCUGGUAUACAAAAUAGUUAUUCCUGCUAUUGCAAAUGGAUCCCAGAGUUAUUUCAUGCCAGACAAACUCUGUACUACAUUAGAAGAUGCAAAGGAACUGGCAGCCCAGUUUACAUUACUUCAUUUGGACAGGGAACACAGUCUCUUCAGCCUGGACCUGUGUAGAAGAAUCUGGAGACAAUAAGCAGGUCCUUUCUGAUGUUGCUUGAACUUAAUCUCCUGCAGUUGUUCUCAUUCUUAUUGGCUAAACAUAAUGCUUAUGUGUUAUAGGCCUAAUUUAUGGUAUCAGGACAAUAUUGCAGAGAAAAUAACUCCACCUGUACAAUAAAUGAUCUAAUUCCCACCUUCCUAGAAACACUUUAACUUUUAUAAAGAACCAUUUUAUAGUCAGUGUCAUACCUUUGACUUAUUUUACACUAAACACAGUUGAGUUUUUGGAAAGUACAGGAUUUACCAAUUUGGUCCUUAAUACACCCACACCCACACACACACACACAAUUAUUAUAGUUAAUGAAGCAGGAAAUUAUUGGUACAUAUGAUGAAC